AUGUCUUACACAUGGACCUCUGCUCUCAGGGUCACUCUUCUACUUCUCCUUGUUGUCGCUAUUGUUGUUGCUUGUUUUACUCUCCCAAUUGAAAAGAUUCUGAAGGAUUUCUUGACAUGGGUUGAUCGUGAUCUUGGGCCAUGGGGUCCCCUUGCUCUGGCAGUUGCUUACAUUCCUUUGACUAUCUUGGCAGUCCCAGCCUCUGUACUUACACUUGGCGGUGGUUAUCUAUUUGGCCUUCCAGUUGGCUUUGUUGCUGACUCUAUUGGUGCAACCGUUGGUGCUGUAGCUGCAUUUCUUCUUGGUAGAACAAUUGGGAGAUCACUUGUUGUUUCUAGGUUGAGGGAUUAUCCACAGUUUAGAUCAGUGGCAAUUGCAAUUCAUAGAUCUGGCUUUAAGAUUGUGUUACUGCUUCGGCUUGCUCCAUUACUACCAUUUAACUUGUUAAAUUACCUGCUGUCCAUGACACCUGUUCCACUAGGGGAAUACAUGUUGGCUUCCUGGUUAGGAAUGAUGCCAAUAACACUGAUACUUGUAUAUGUUGGAACAACACUCAAAUAUCUAUCUGAUGUGACACAUGGUUGGGGCAAUUUCUCAAAGACUCGUUGGGCUUUGAUCUUUUUUAGCCUAGUAAUAUCUGUGGUUCUGAUGAUAUGUGUUACUAAAGUUGCCAAGUCGUCUUUGGAUAAAGCCUUGGCUGAAUGUGAAGAUAUGGAUGACACUACAUCUUCGCCAGAGCUACCGAUUGUGACUGAACCUUCAGUAGAUCUCAAUCAGCCUCUCAUAAUUAGAUAAAUCAGGAUGAACACAAUCAUUUAAAGUAAUAUCCUGCUUGUAAAUUCUUUCUC